UAAAGUGAAGAAGAAGAAGAAGUGUAAGCAGAAGCAGAAGGCAAGCAUGGCGUAUUCGGCGAGAAUUGGUCCUUCAAUAUUGAGCAGUGAUCUGUCACAGCUCGGCAGGGAGUGUGAGAGGAUGAUGGAGUGCGGUGCCGACUAUCUGCACCUUGAUGUUAUGGACGGGCAUUUUGUUCCUAACUUAACAUUUGGUCAUCCGAUGGUCGAGUGUUUACGACACACUAUUGGUCCUGAUCCAUUUUUUGACAUGCACAUGAUGGUGUCCAGGCCAGAGCAGUGGGUAAAGCCCAUGGCAGCAGCAGGGGCAAAUCAAUACACUUUCCACAUAGAAGCUACGACUAACCCUGGCAACCUCAUCAAAGAAAUCAGAGAGAGUGGUAUGAAGGUUGGUCUGGCCAUCAAACCUGGAACGACAGUAGAGGAAUUAGCACCAUGGGCUGGACAGAUCGAUAUGGCUCUUGUCAUGACAGUAGAGCCAGGCUUUGGUGGUCAGAAGUUUAUGGAAGACAUGAUGCCAAAGGUGAGUUGGUUAAGGAGUCAGUUCCCAUCUCUGGACAUUGAGGUGGAUGGUGGAGUUGGUCCAGACAGCAUUCACAGAUGUGCUGAGGCUGGAGCUAACAUGAUCGUAUCAGGCAGUGCUGUGGUGGGCAGUGAUGAUCCCCGCUCUGUAAUCGCCCUCCUCAGAAACGUUGUUAGCGAAGCCAUCCAGAAGCGCUCUUUGGACCGCUGAUCAUCUCAACUUUUUACCUUGAUCCAUUUAUAGUCACCACUGAUAUUCAGCGUUGCUCCCACUUUUGAGAUUCAGAUUUAAUCUACAGAUACAUUGUUAUUGGAAGUUCAGUGGUGCUUGUGAAUGGACGUGACUCGGAAUAGGAUGUGGAUUUAUUUGCACAUCUAGAAACCCUGCCAUGACUCUUGUUUGGAUUCAACAGGCGUUUUAGAUCUUUAUCACCUCAAAGGAACUGCUUGAGUUCAGACAGAAAGUCUCCGUUGUCUCCCCAGUGACAACAAUUUGACCAUUCCUCUCUUAAUGAAAGUAAUUUGGUUUGUCUAUCAAAUUAAACAAAAUUCCUUCUUUUAUUUUACUUUAUUUGUUUUGUUUCUUUCAUGAUAUCAGUCACAGUGUGCAUGACAGAAGAUGGUUACACUGUUGAUAAUAAAACCUUUAUUACCUUUAUGAACGGGUUCGAUUAAUUGUUAGUUUAAGAGAUGGUUUGUUGGUAUUACAGUAUUCGCUGCAGGUCAUGAUGGUUUAUAUGAAUUUUCACAUUUUUUGUUUUUAUUGAACAUUCCAUCAAGCUUUUAUUCUACUUUCAAAGGUUGCAAUGGGCUUUUGUCUGUCUGUUCUGGCGUAAUAUAAAUGAUCAUGUGACCAAUAAUAAACAUAGGAGUAACACUGCAAGAUGUUUUAGACAUUAAUUUUUUAAUCGUACGUUACUGUGUGAUGUUAAAGUCAAAUGUAUUAGAGUGAAUGAGCAGAUGUUGAAUUAAAAACAAUGCUCACAGAACAUAAGAAGAUUCUCGAUCAAAUGUGUAAUUAUUUGUGCAUGCAAUUUUUUUUUUUCUUUUCAGGCCACAGCCAUGACCUCAGGAUAGCAGGAUCUGUGUUUUACGAAAUAAGAUCCUACACCUCUUUGUGUCAUUCUUCGCCCAAAUCUCCCAACGGGCCGUAUUCCUCUACCUUUAUACCAUAGAGCAUCAAUGUUUGGAUCUAAUAAGCAAUAAGAGAAAAAAAUCAAUUGGUAUUAUAAAACAAUACAAAUGGUACAUAUUUGCAGUAAUAGAUAAGAAAAGUAUUUUUUGUUUUAGUGUUUAGAAUUGCACCUCUUAUCUCUGCUGAACGAAAUGGCAGAUCAUUAAGAGAUUUUGGCUGUGUAAGACACAUUAACAUCAUGAGGAUACACAGCAGAGCGCACAGCUUUAGUGCCAUGGCAGCCAUGUCUCCUAUGAAAAUAAGAAACGAAUGAAUAGUAAAAAAUGAAUUUGUCAUUAUCCUGUAAAGAAAACUUUAAAAAUUGAUAAAGUAUUGAUUAUACAACAA